AUUCGAAUCAUCCAAGGACACUCAAUUAACUUCCGCGAACCUACGCCAAAGCCGACCACGGCCAAAACUUUGACUUGCCACAAGCACUCGACGCUGUUCGCAUGCCUGCAUUCGAAGUUGUGGUAGUGGGAUCCGGAGGUGGACCAGACGAGACUAACUUAUCUGCUUAUUUACUCAAAGCACACGACGCCCGGUGGAGGGAUGGGAUCAUAGCUUUGGAAGCAGGCUCUGGCAUGGGCGCGUUGAACCGGUUGAUGAGGCUGGACCCCACGCUGUUCAACGAUUUUCAUGACACGACCACGAGCGAGCAGGACACGGAUUCGCGGACGGCAUCCACGCAGGAGGGAGAGGCUCGACGACGGCCGACGGCUUUUGAGGUUUAUUCCAGGAUAAAGUGCUUCCUUAUAACCCAUGCCCAUCUCGACCACAUCAGCAGCCUCAUUCUUUCUGCUGGGCAAUUCACAUGUAACCCUCGAAGACGCAUCUACGCAGAACGCUCAAUCCUGAAGAAGGUCGAGACAGCAUUUGAGGGCAAGAUAUGGCCAAGGCUGGCUUCGGACGAUCCAAAGGACGGAGCACAUAUGCUCUUAUACGAUUCACUAGAUUUCAGCCAGGAUUAUCGCAAUAUCCACCCAAAUAUCUCCUUGCGCGCGUUCCCCCUCUCCCAUGGAGAAACCGAGGCAGGUGUAUACGAGUCUUCCGCCUUUCUCUUCCGCCAUGAUAUCUUGGGAAGUGAAUUCGUCCUCUGCGGGGAUCUCGAACCAGACAAGGUGGCUAAACGUCCGCAGACGAUCAACCUCUGGCGAACCAUCGCUCCAAAUAUCUCAUACGGAACUCUGUCCACCCUAUUCAUCGAAUGCUCUUGGCCCUCAGGACGUCCGGAUUCGCAUUUAUACGGACACUUGACUCCAGAGCACCUCCACGACGAACUCGUAGCCCUCGCCACCGAAGUUGUAAAACACCGGCGGCACGUAUUAACAAUCGGCACCACCACCGUCCCAUCGAUGCCGACCUCUCUCGCAGCGCCACUUUCAGAUCCCACACCCGUGCCCGUGCCAGUAACAACACCCAUAGUGAACCUGAACCACAAUGCCGACUCCGUGACGACUCUACCCUCUCGUUCAUCCUCGCCGACCCAUUCCACACGAGCCUCCCUGAAACGCAGAGCUUCGUCUUUCUUCAAUCUCCUUUCGCCGAACAAAGGUCAUAAACGCAAGUCGAGUGAAGCGUUGAACGGAAACGGGAACGGCAAUGUCUCAGGCUCCAAAGGAUGGUCAAAGAAGGCCAAGACUGACCAUUUGUCGCCUUCAUUAGCACCACCCCCACCUCCACCUCAUCGUCCUGCCAGUCCUACAACGACAUGCACAACGAACGGCGAUUCGGAAAGCAUCGCCAACGCUGCCGCUGUACCUACAGUGGAUGUCCCAGCCCAAUCAUCCCUACCGGCGGACGAGUCGAUAAAAGGCGUGUUACAGGGUUUGAAGGUCUAUGUGAUGCAUUGUAAGGAGGAUGUGGAAGGGCGGUACCCUGGCAGGCCGAUCGGACAUGUCAUCUCGGCGCAGGUGAGGGCGUUGGUGGAGAGUAGUGGGUUGGGCUGCGAGGUGUUGCAUGCGGACCAGGGGAUGCGGAUAGUGAUUUGAGCUAUCGCUCUCUUUAAUUGCAUUCGUCUCGGCCGUCCUCCCCCCGUCAUCUCGUCGUCAUUGUCUCUUUCCUCCUUUCUUAUUGGACCUCUCGCUCUGCCCUUGCUAUCCCCGUCCCAGCUAUCGUCGUCUCCAUCCCACCUUUCUCCUCCUAUCUCCAUAGUCACAUCGUCUGUCUCUUUUCCUUUCCUUGGCCUUCAAGCUCCCCCUUUCUCAUCCAACAUUGUUUAUCUUUCUUUCUCUCCCCUUGUCUCUAUCGCGUACUCAUCUCACUCCAUAUGACCCCUCCACCCCAUCCCGCAUACAU